AUGGCAACUGUUAAGCUAAACUACUUCACAUGCACGUUGGGCCAUGCGGCGCAGAGCAAGGAGCAAACCGGACAUCUAGAUCACGAAUUUGGUACCGUACUGCAAUUAAUCGAUGGGAACUCCCGCCGCUUUCCCCAGGCGCCCGCUUUAGGCUUCGCAGACUUCACUGCAAACUUUGCUUGGACCAGCCUUCUCAAGGAAUAUUCCUGUUGGAUCGAACAUCGGACUGCUGUCCAUGAGUGGUAUCGACUUCGUCCUGACUUGGCUUGGCCUUUUACGACUGGGAUACACGGCAGUCUUUCUUGCGCAAUCGAGCACCUUUGUGCCACAUUGAACGUACAGGUCUUGCUCGUGGAGGAUUCUUCGAAUAUAACCGUCGAAGGAGUUGAGCAAGUCGAGAUUCCUCGCCUGUCGCCAUAUAAAGAAUAUCUCACAAAUGAAGAGCCCGUUGUGAAAAUUGAAAGCAAUAGAGAACCCGAAAUCGCCUAUUUCUCUCAUACAUCUGGAACAUCAUCUGGUCUGCCCAAACCAAUCCCCCAGCCUCAGUCAGGAAUAAUCCAGGUUCUCCCAUGCUUUCAAGAAGAAAAUCGACCUGCCACCUUCUCUAUGACACCCUUAUAUCAUGGAGGUCUCCCGGACUUGCUUAGAUCUUGGACGAGCAGUUCGAUGAUAUGGUUCUUCCCUGAAGGGCUCGCACCAAUUACUGCAUCCAACAUCAUCAGUGCCGUCGCGCACGCUCGAAAGAAAUGUGAUGCUCCGGUUCAGUACUUUACAUCAGUUCCAUAUAUCUUACAAAUGCUCUUCGAAGAUAAACACGGGAUCGAACUUCUCCAGUCGAUGGAACUUGUUGGAGUAGGCGGCGCACCAUUACCACCCGCAAUAGGUGACGGGUUGGUGGGGGCUGGUAUCAAUCUUGUCUCAAGGAUGGGCAGCAUGGAAUCCGGAUUCCUCAUGUCGUCACAUCGGGAUUAUCGACAAGAUAGAGAAUGGCAGUAUCUGCGUCCUAUUGAAGACGAGCGAUAUCUUCAAUUCGAGCCAAGAGACGAUGGACUAUCUGAGCUUGUCGUGAAACCUGCGUGGCCGCUGAGGGUUAAAACCAACCGAGACGAUGGGUCGUACGCGACCGCAGAUUUGUUCGAGCCUCAUGGAACAAUUCCAAACGCAUGGCGCUAUCACAGUCGUGCUGAUUCUCAGCUUAUGCUUGCCAAUGGCAAGAAAUUUGAUCCAGCGCCCAUGGAAGCAGACAUCCUCGCUGCUACAAACACACUACGCGAUGUCUUUAUCUUCGGAAGCGGCAGGAAUUAUCCUGGUAUUCUCUUGUUUCCCUCUUCCGUGGAUACAUCAGACACCACGAUACUUGAGACUGCUUGGCCGGUCAUACAAAAGAUAAACUCUCAGUCUCAGAGCCAUACUCGAAUCUCAAAAUCAAUGGUUAUUAUCGUCUCCGUGCCUCCAGAUGAGGCAGCCCUGCGAAAGAGCAGUAAAGGUACGAUAAUUCGUAACCACGCCGAAGAAAGAUACAAACCUUGGAUCGAGGCGGCAUACACCAAGCCUGGAAUCGUGGCCCCGGUUCAAAUCGCUAGCCGCGAUCAGCUCUACCAGGCAAUACUUGAAAGCUUUUUCCGAGUUCUUGGCCGUGAGAUAGACCCCGAUGAGGAUCUUUACAAACAGAACGUUGAUUCGAUGGCGUGCUUGCAAAUUCGGGCACAGGUUAUGGAAGCCUGCUUGUCUGAUCCAGAAGAGCAGCUUCCACUUAAUAUUAUAUAUGAGUGUGGGAGCGUGAAUAAUCUGGUCAAACACCUUGAACAAGUUCGCAGUGGAGAAUCCCUCGAGAAGCAAGACCAAAAUGAGAGAAGGCAUCAACUGAUGCGACAUAUGGCGGACAGAUAUAAAGACUUCUCUGGUUCCUUGAGCCCUAAGAUCCCACAACAAGGGUUUAGGAACGUGGUAGUUCUGAGUGGUGCUACGGGGUUUCUGGGUGCACACAUUCUUCAUUCAUUACUCGGCAAGAAGCAGAAUGUCGAUGCUGUGUAUCUGUUGGUCCGAGCCAAGACCCCGGAAGAUGCUUAUCAGAGGGUUGCCCGUGUUCUUGCGCAGUAUGGAUUGAUUGAUCUUCAUCAGACCUCGCACACAAAGCCAAGUGUUGUGUGUCUGGCUUGCGACUUGUCGGAUGGUGCAAUCGGAUUCUCGAAACAACACCUCGAUGAUUUCUCGAAUUCGUCAACAACCUUUAUUCACACAGCUUGGACUGUCAAUUUUAAUCUGCGUCUUCCGUCGUUUGAGGACCAGGUAUCCGGGACCCAGCAAUUGAUACAAUUAGCUGUCAGGAGCGGUGCAAAGUUCGUCUUUAUUAGCUCAAUUGCGGCUGUGAGCUGUUCGGCCUCCCACUUGAUACGGGAAGAUGUAUCCGAAGACCCUGCUGAUGCGUCGCCCAUGGGAUAUUCAGAAUCCAAAUGGGUCGCAGAACAAGUUUGUACAGCGGCGUAUAAGGCAGUAACAGCGACGGAAAGCGAUCUGGGCUCAGAGAUGCACCCGUGGAUGUCUAUCAUUCGCGUUGGCCAGCUUUGCGGCAAUCAAUCAGGGAUAUGGAACAAAAGUGAAGCAUAUCCUUUGAUGCUGUCCACGGAAUCGCUCGUCGGGUGUUUGCCUCAUCUUGAAGAUCAGCCUCUUGACUGGUUACCUGUUGACAUUGCUGCCGAUGCGGUUUUGGAAAUCGCGCUGGGAGCACACGCCAAAAUGUCAAAAUGUCAUUUCCAGCAGAGCAGUUUGCCGACUAAACCACUUGUGUACCAUGUUCUGAACCCAUUCAAAGACCCUGACUGGUCGCAAUUGCUCUCCUGGGUAUCCGAUGAUCUUGGGCAAGGCAGCUUGGAGGUUGUUCCACCGUCAGAAUGGGUCACGAGACUGGAAGACACACUAGCUCAAACGAAUGGACAUCAUCCGUCGCAUGUUCUGGUUGGAUUGUGGAAAGGUAGCCUGGCUCCUAAGGAAGUGGCGUGCUCGGCGGGUAAAAUCAGACCCGGAAGCGUUCAGAGCUACGAGAUGACUCGUGCCAAAGAGAGAGUGCCUACCCUGCGGCAUCUGGAGCCACUGGACAAGGAAAGGGUGCUAAAAAUCUGGGCUUGGGUGCGCGGGAACAUCAUAUAA